GAAAACUCUCUCUUGGUGUUCAAGAGCUGGCAAUAGGUAACCCUUGGAUAGUCGAUACGCACCAGCUGAAACUUCGAACCCGGUUUGGCGACGAUACGGUCUGAGGAAGUGGCUUUUCCUACGUAUGCUUUCCUCACGUUGGAGGUCGCUUCUCAUCCGUUUAAAAACUGUUGACAAGACGUCAAUACGGAGCGAGAACUGUGACAUUUCUGGAUAGAGAGGCUGGGGGCAUUCAUCACAUGUUAGGGCGGAUCGAACCACAAAUAUGGCUUCCAAAAAGGCGGUAACGAAUCUGCUCCACGGGAUCGGAAGAAGGACGAGAGCAACACCGAUACCAAACACAUACUGCUCUCAUGCACCACGUAUAUCGUCUUCGACAUUCUCUACAACCCGUGUGGCUGCCGCUCGCGGUACAGAGUACCUCCAACUCCACGAUCCGGAUCUCACAGAAUCUCAGCGGACGGUGCGUGAAGCCAUAAGCAAAGUGUGCGCGAAAUUCGGGGACGAAUACUGGCUCGCUGCGGACCGUGAGCACCGCUUCCCCACCGAGUUCCAGCAGGCGGUGGCCAAGGACGGGUGGCUGGGCAUCUGCAUGCCCGCGGAGUACGGCGGAAGCGACCUGGGCAUCGCAGAAGCCGCUAUCAUGGUCCAGACGAUCGCGGAGUCGGGCGCGGCGUACGCGGGCGCGAGUGCCGUGCACAUGAACAUCUUUGGGCUGGAGCCGGUGCGGAAGUUUGGCACGGAAGAGCAGAAGAAGAGGAUGUUGGUGCCGUUGAUUGAAGGGAGAGAGAGGGCGUGUUUCGGCGUCACGGAACCAAAUACGGGGCUGGACACCUUGAGGUUGCAGUCGAGAGCUGUCCGGGACGGUGACUUCUACCGGCUGAGCGGGCAGAAGAUAUGGAUUUCCACCGCCCAGGUGGCCGAGAAGAUCCUCAUCCUCGUACGGACGACACCGCUGGAGGAGGUUAAGAAGCCAAGUCAGGGCUUAAGCUUGUUCUACACAGACCUUGACCGGGAACAGGUCGAGGUGCAGGAGAUCCCCAAAAUGGGCAGGGCUGCGGUGGAUUCCAACAGUCUCUUUUUCGAUGGGUGGAAGGUGCCAAAGGCGGAUUUGAUUGGGGAGGAGGGUAACGGGUUCAAGAUGAUCAUGCAUGGCAUGAAUGCCGAGAGGAUCUUGAUUGCAGCAGAGGCACUGGGGACAGGGUUUGCCGCGCUGAGGAGAGCGGCCUUGUAUGCUGGGGAGCGGAUAGUGUUUGGCCGGGCGAUUGGGCAGAACCAGGCCAUCCAACACCCCCUGGCAGAGAGCUGGAUGGAGCUCGAAGCUGCCCGACUCAUGAUCUACCAGGCCGCACGGAUGUACGACGCUGGGUACGAGACAGGAGAAUACGCAAACGCGGCCAAAUACUUGGCUGCUGAGGCGGCCUUCCGGGCCUGCGAGAGGGCCGUCAUGACGCAUGGUGGAAUGGGGUAUGCAAAGGAGUAUCAUGUUGAGAGGUAUCUGAGGGAGAUUAUGAUCCCCAGGCUCGCACCUGUCAGUCGCGAGAUGAUCAAGAACUACGUCGGAGAAAGGGUGCUUGGACUGCCCAAGUCAUACUGAGGUUAGGGACAAAAGGUUAGAAGAAGUUUAGGCCAUGCAUUCGGAUAGACUGGGGAGGUGCAUAUCAACAAUUGGAGCAUCACUGCCUGCCAUCAGAAUGUUCAUGACACUAGGUAGAUGUCAGGUCAAACGAAUGCAAGAG